UGGAGCAAGAAAGGAGAGAGAGGGGAGGGAAAGAAAAAAAAAAAACACCAGAGCUCUCUCACUUUUCCGAGAGCUUCAUGCAAUUGAUUGACAUCAACCAAAUUGACUGCGGCAACACAGAAUCAAGCUGAAAUCUGUCAAGAAUGGCAUCUACCGUGCUGAAAGCUUGUAGCGGUGCUUCCAGUGAAUCAUCAUUGAUGAUCGUUCAAGAGAAAGGGAGUAGGAAUAAAAGAAAAUUCAGGGCUGAUACACCAAUGGCAGAACCUAAUAAGGUUGUCCCUGAACCACAAAGUGAAUGCAAAAUUUACGAGUUUACUGCUGAAAAGUUUGAUUCUGUUCAGAGUCAUGCUCCUUCAAAUGGGUGUGAAACUUGCUGUGUAAAGCAAGACCAAUCGGAGGGUUUAAAACUAGACCUCCGGCUGUCUUGUUUGGCGGGACCAUCUGAAGUUGGUUCGAGCUUGCAUAGAGAGGAGGUUGAAGCUUACGAGUCAGAUCACAAUGCUCAAUGGAAUGAUCUCACCGAGUCUGAGUUACAGGAACUUGUUUUGAGCAACUUGGAAUCAAACCUGAAAACUGCAAUUAAGAAAAUAGUUGCUUAUGGUUAUAGUGAAAAAGUUGCUACCGAUGCUGUAUCAAGGUCUGGCCAAUGCUUUGGGACAAAGGAUACUGUGUCAAACAUAGUGGACAGCACUUUAGCAUAUCUUCGAGGUGGAAGGCAUGUUGAUACUUUGAGGGAGUAUGACUUCGACAAUCUUAUGGCUUUGGAGCACUACAUGCUUGCAGAAUCAGUUUGCUUUCUAAGAGAGGUGAAGCCUGAUUUCAGCACUGGUGAUGCAAUGUGGUUCUUAUUAGUGUCCGACAUGAAUAUAUCUCAUGCUUGCACCAUGGAAGGUGAUCAUCCAAACAAUAUAGUUAGUGAUUUGGCUUCUCUGUCGCUGACAUCUGAUGCAGACGCUUCUGUCAGUUGUUCCCAUAAUGGUCCUUCAGAGGCAACAAACAUGGCAAAUCCUUAUGGACAUACCUUUCACUCUGAGGCAGCAACAGUAGCAGGUGUCUCAAGUUUAAAGUCGAAAGGUUCCUUGGUUGCCCAUGGACUUGCUCCAGACAAAGAACGCCCCAGUUCUCCAGCAGCAGCUGUUGAGAAAACCUUUAGCUUAGCAGGAACAUCAGUUUCAGAAGAAAAAUUUGUGGGUAGUAGAAAAGCGUCUGGAUUCACCAGGAGAGAUUAUAUACUUAGACAAAAGUCCCUUCAUUUGGAUAAAAGCUCUCGAACAUAUGGUUCAAAAGUGAGCUCGAGAACAGGGAAGCUCAGUGGUUUUGGUGGCCUGGUUUUGGAUAAAAAACUAAGGCCUAUAGCAGAAUCUACAGGUGUGAAUAGCAGGAAUAUUUUCAAAAUUGGCAAGGCAGUUGGGGUUGAAAUGCCCCAAGACAAUUUGAAUCACAAUAUUUCGGCAAAUGUUGGGUUCCCUUCAGGUUCAGUAUUUAACAUGGGAGCUGCUAACAGCGUUUCUAUAUCAUCUAAGUCUGAUGUAGAAUCUACUAAUGCUGAAUCUUCAUUGCCUACAGCGAAUGAUUCACCUGCAUUAAUUGGUGCAGAUACUGAGCUAUCUCUUUCUUUGCCUGCCAAAAGCAGUUGCGGUCCAAUGGCAGCUGAUGCUGAGAUAUCCAAUUCAAGUUAUCGUGUAGUGCCAGUUGAUGAGUCCCUGCCCCACUCAGUUCCAGAGGAAAAGAGGGAUGAAAUGAUUCUGAAGCUGGUCCCAAGGGUUCGCGAAUUGCAAAAUCAGCUCCAAGAGUGGACAGAGUGGGCAAAUCAAAAAGUUAUGCAGGCUGCUCGUAGACUAAGCAAGGACAAAGCUGAGCUGAAGGCACUCAGGCAAGAAAAGGACGAAGUUGAACGGCUCAAGAAAGAGAAGCAAAAUUUGGAAGAAAACACUAUGAAGAAGCUAUUGGAGAUGGAGAAUGCCUUGUGUAAAGCUAGUAGCCAGGUAGAGAGAGCCAAUGCUACUGUGCGCAAACUUGAAGUUGAAAAUGCUGCUUUGAGGCAGGAGAUGGAAGUGGCAAAGUCACGUGCAGCUGAGACAGCUGCUAACUGUGAGGAGGUAUACAGAAGGGAGAAGGCGAAUAUGUUGAAGUUUCAAUCACGAGAGAAGCAGAAGGGCAUGAUUCAGGAGGAACUGGCUGCUGAAAAGAGCAAGUAUAUGCAGCUAAAACAGAAACUGGAGCAAGCUGAAGAUCUUAGGGCUCAACUCGAGGAUAGGUGGAGACAGGAAGCCAAGAGGAAGGAAGAAUUAUUAGCACAAGCCAGUUUGCUAAAGAAAGAAAGAGAAAAAAUUGAAGUUUCAUUGAAGACCAAGGAGGAUUCCAUGAAAUCAAAAGCAGAAAACAAUUUGCACAAGCAUAAAGAUGAUAUCCAGAAGCUUGAAAAGGAAAUUUCCAAGCUAAGAUUGAUGACUGACUCCUCAAAAAUAGCUGCACUUAAAAGGGGAAUAGAUGGAAACUAUGCAAGCAGACUGACAGACUCUACAUAUGCCCCAAUGCCCAAGGAAUCCCAUAUAUCAUACAUUUCUAAAGUAGUGAAUGAUUUUCAGGACUACUCUGGAGGUGGAGAUGUUAAACGUGAAAGAGAGUGUGUCAUGUGCCUGUCAGAGGAGAUGUCUGUAGUCUUCCUACCAUGUGCUCAUCAGGUUGUGUGUAGAACAUGCAAUGAGCUCCAUGAGAAGCAGGGAAUGGAGGACUGUCCUUCCUGUAGGAGCCCAAUCCAGCAGCGUAUUUGUGUACGUUAUGCUUGUGCUUAAUGUAUUUUUGGGAGGGUGUUAAAUAGUUAUCCAAGUAACAGUUUGUGGGACUUUUUGAAACAAUAAAUGCAUUCGGAUAAACCCGAUCAAGACUAUUAAGUUAGUACUUACAAUUGCUCAUAAGAAAAGUCUGUGUCAAGUAUGGGGUUGUAAAUGAUGUAUCCCCUUUGCAUGAUUGAACAAUAAAUGUGCUUUGCUUGUCUCUCUUCUCCUGAUUA